AUGGCCGGAAUGGAAGAGAUUGAAAUCCAUAGCAAACACCCAGGCACGACGGGCACAUUAACAGCGACAUCUACCUCCAUCCAUUCGAACAGCGAUUUCGGUGACCCCAGGGACAAUGGGAAAGGUGGAAACCCUUCCGCAUCGGUGGUUACCGACAAGUUAAAGGGCAUCGGCCUUAAGCCGAUCAAGUGGAUUGGGAAAUGUGAAGCGGACAAGAUUUCCCAAGGGACAUAUGACGUUGCGCCCAGCGAGUCUGGGAACUACGCGUUGGUUUUUGAUAAUACGUUCUCGAAACAGAUAUCAAAAACCGCGACGUUUGUGCUUCUGACGUAUCCUACUCAUUGCCCACCGCGGUCAGGGCAUCAAGUGCACCACUCGCAAGUUGUGACAGGUCCGGCUGCCGGGAAAAGCGCGCUUACAGGAUCUCAUGCGGUGGUUGGAAGUGGGGAUUCCGGCUCUACUGAAUCGUUACGGAACCCUCGCGGAUAUGGCUUGGCUGGCAGCCAGACAAAAAGCGGCCUACAGGCUUUGGAUACGUCGCUCAAUGUCCAUGCAAACCUGCAUACCGGUAUUCUCCAGAAACGACGACGAAAACGCCACCAGGGCCACGCUCGACGAUUUUUCUCUCUCGAUUUUAGCACCUCAACAUUGUCUUACUAUCAUGAUCGCAAUUCGUCCGCUCUACGCGGCGCUAUCCCGCUCACCCUCGCUGCUAUAGCUACCAAUGCGGAGACUAGAGAAAUCUCCAUAGAUUCCGGCGCUGAGAUCUGGCAUCUUCGCGCUCUCAAUGAUCAUGAUUUUAAUUUAUGGAGCUAUGCGUUGGAGAAGGCUUCAAAAGCCCCAGAGGAUCAAAUACAAUCGGAAUCAAAAUUGAAGGGGAGAACACAGUCAACACCCGGGCGAAGGCCGAGCAUGGUUCCGCAGGAUAUAAAGAGCUGGACAGAGGUGGAAUGGCUGGUGGAGAAGGUUGCGCUAGCCAGGGACACUGUUCGACAGCUUGCUAAGGAUACGGAUCCAAAGUAUCUGCCGCAUACCUCUGAUCGGGAUGCUCGAGUUCCGCCCGCUAAUGCUCGAAAUGGGUCCCAGCACGUCGAUAACGGCGCCGAAACAGGUGAUCGGGAGAAACGAUCCUUCUGGAAACUUAAACCCCGGAAUGAAAAUUUUGUUCCGGCUCAGCGUUCUAUUUCUCAUGGCGACUCGUCCGGAAGUGAGAAAGCAAUAACAGAGUCGACAAACGGCAAAGGUAGUGCCGUGCAUGAUCGUUUAAUGGCGCUUCUCCAGGAGCUCAAUGCUGUCGUUUCGGAUUUUACUGGUCUCCUGGAGAAGAAACGCCUUCGAGCCUCUCAUGCCCCGUCGAUUCGAACACAUCGGAGUGUCGAAUCCGACCUAUCUCAGGAGUUCUUUGACGCUCCUGACGGAAAUUCCUCCCCGCUUCUAACUAUCCGUCGUGAUAGCGACGAUGAGGAAGAAAAAAGCCUGGCAGAAGAGACCGUCCUCGACGACGAAUCGUCUCUUUCCGGAAGUGAUAUCGAGGAAAGGGAUGAUUUUCUCAAAUUUCGACAUGACAAUUCUGCCUCCCUAUUUCCCACAAAGCCGAAAUCCUUAAGUCCACUGCCCGUCGAGAAUGUGGCUCGACGCAAAACUGUUACGGCCCCAACGGUUCUUCCUCCAAGCUUAAUUGGAUAUCUACGCAAGAACGUUGGGAAAGACUUAUCAACUAUUUCCGUGCCCGUUUCGGCGAACGAACCAAUUUCAUUGUUGCAGCGCGCCGCUGAACAGUUCGAGUAUUCACCUCUUUUGGACAAAGCCGCCAAUGCUACGGAUGCAUUGGAGCGGCUAAUAUAUGUUACCGCAUUUGCCAUUUCUCCCUUUUCAAACAUGCGGGUAAAAGAGAGAAGCAUUCGAAAGCCGUUCAAUCCAAUGCUCGGGGAAACGUACGAGCUCGUCCGUGGCGACCUGGGAUUCCGGUUUGUGGCAGAAAAGGUCUCACAUCGACCAGUUCAACUCGCAUACCAAGCAGACUCCAAGGACUGGAGUUUCACACAGUCGCCAAAACCAACGCAAAAGUUCUGGGGGAAAUCCGCGGAAAUCAUAACUGAUGGGGAUGUGCGAUUGACCUUACACUCGAGCGGAGAACAUUUUAGCUGGUCCCCUGGAACUUCGUUCCUUAGAAAUAUCAUAGCCGGCGAGAAGUAUGUUGAGCCAGUGGGUGAGAUGUGUAUCGUCAAUGAGACGACAGGCCAAAAGACCGUUGUCACGUUUAAGGCUGGUGGCAUGUUCUCUGGCCGCAGCGAAGAAGUCACUGUCAAAACAUUUGACACUCACGGCGAACCGCUCCCGCUUGGCUUACAGGGCACCUGGACUACGUCUCUCCAACUUACUGAACACGGUCGCGAGACCAACCACACCAUCUGGGCCGCCGGCUCGCUUGUCGAUAAACCUCAGAAACAUUAUGGGUUUACCACCUUUGCAGCUAGUUUAAACGAAAUUACGGCUAUUGAGAAGGGGAAGUUGCCACCGACUGAUAGCCGGUUGAGACCCGAUCAGAGGGCGUUGGAGAACGGCGAUGUCGACGGAGCAGAAGACUUGAAAGCAACGUUGGAGGAGAAUCAGAGGCAAAGGCGGAAGGAGAUGGAAGCUAGAGGGGAGACAUGGACACCGAAAUGGUUUACCAAAGUCGGGAGGCCGAAUGGGGCGAACGGAGGUGGAAUAGGGGAUAAUGACGAUGAUGGGGUAAUAUGGAGGCUGAAUACUGGCAAGGAUGGAUAUUGGGAGGAAAGGAUGAAGGGGAAAUGGCCGGGGGUUGUGUCAGUGUUCCAAUUAUAG